GCGGCGGCUCUCGUCGGCGGUUCCGGUCCUGUAUCUCAGGGCGGCGGCGGCUCAUGGCGGCGACCGAGCUGAGAGGAGUGGUGGGGCCAGGGCCGGCCGCCGUUGCAGCUCCUGGCGGCGGCGGCGCCGGUCCCCCUGUGGUGGGAGGAGGCGGCGGCCGCGGCGACUCGGGGCCCGGCCCCGGGGUCGCGUCAGGGACGGUGGCCGCGGCGUCAGCGGGCGGCCCGAGCGCCGGGGCCGGCGGAGUGGCGGCGGCGGGCCCAGCUCCUGUGCCUCCGUCCGGGGGCUCGGGCGGCUCGGGCGCCGGGGCUUCGGGCUCGGCUCGAGAGGGCUGGCUCUUCAAAUGGACCAAUUACAUCAAAGGCUACCAGCGGCGGUGGUUCGUGCUGAGCAACGGGCUCUUGAGCUACUACAGGUCAAAGGCAGAAAUGAGACACACCUGCCGUGGUACCAUCAACCUUGCCACAGCUAACAUCACUGUGGAGGAUUCCUGCAACUUCAUCAUUUCCAAUGGGGGCGCUCAGACCUACCAUCUAAAAGCUAGCUCAGAAGUAGAGCGGCAGCGCUGGGUGACAGCCCUGGAGCUGGCCAAGGCCAAGGCUGUGAAGAUGCUGGCAGAAUCAGAUGAAUCAGGAGAUGAAGAGUCUGUAUCACAAACUGACAAGACUGAGCUGCAGAAUACACUCCGAACCCUCUCCAGCAAAGUGGAAGACCUGAGCACAUGUAAUGACUUGAUAGCUAAGCAUGGCACAGCCCUGCAGCGUUCCCUUAGUGAACUGGAGUCUCUGAAGUUACCUGCUGAGAGCAACGAAAAGAUCAAACAGGUCAAUGAACGAGCCACACUCUUUAGGAUAACAUCCAAUGCCAUGAUCAAUGCCUGCAGAGAUUUCCUCAUGUUAGCCCAGACCCAUAGUAAAAAGUGGCAGAAGUCACUACAGUAUGAGAGAGACCAGCGUAUCCGACUGGAAGAGACCCUGGAGCAGUUGGCAAAGCAGCACAAUCACCUGGAGAGGGCCUUUCGGGGAGCCACAGUGCUGCCGGCAAACACUCCUGGCAGUGCUGGUUCUGAUCAGUGUUGCUCUGGAAAAGGGGACGUGAGUGAUGAAGAUGAUGAGAAUGAAUUUUUUGAUGCACCAGAGAUCAUUACCAUGCCUGAAAAUUUGGGCCACAAACGCACUGGCAGCAACAUCAGUGGAGCCAGCAGUGACAUCAGCCUUGAUGAACAGUACAAGCAUCAGCUGGAGGAGACCAAGAAAGAAAAGAGAACCAGAAUACCAUACAAGCCAAACUAUAGCCUCAACUUAUGGAGCAUCAUGAAGAACUGCAUUGGAAAAGAACUCUCUAAGAUCCCCAUGCCGGUGAACUUUAAUGAACCUUUGUCUAUGCUUCAGCGCCUUACUGAAGAUCUGGAAUACCAUGAGCUGUUAGACCGAGCUGCAAAAUGUGAAAACUCUCUAGAGCAGCUCUGUUAUGUUGCAGCUUUCACCGUGUCCUCCUACUCCACAACUGUCUUCCGAACCAGCAAGCCAUUUAACCCACUCCUUGGGGAGACCUUCGAGCUGGAUCGCCUAGAGGAGAAUGGGUACCGAUCUCUCUGUGAGCAGGUGAGUCAUCAUCCCCCUGCUGCUGCUCACCAUGCUGAGUCCAAAAAUGGCUGGACAUUGCGUCAGGAAAUCAAAAUCACCAGCAAGUUUCGAGGCAAAUACCUCUCCAUUAUGCCCCUCGGUACCAUCCACUGUAUUUUCCAUGCAACUGGGCACCAUUACACUUGGAAAAAAGUUACCACAACAGUACACAAUAUUAUCGUGGGCAAGUUGUGGAUAGAUCAGUCUGGUGAAAUUGAUAUUGUAAAUCACAAGACAGGAGACAAGUGUAAUCUUAAAUUUGUUCCUUAUAGCUACUUCUCUCGAGAUGUAGCAAGAAAGGUGACAGGCGAAGUGACAGAUCCAUCAGGAAAAGUUCACUUUGCCCUUCUGGGGACAUGGGAUGAAAAAAUGGAUUGCUUCAAAGUACAGUCAGCCACUGGAGAAAAUGGAGGUGAUGCUCGACAGAGAGGCCAUGAAGCAGAGGAAAGCAGGGUCAUGCUGUGGAAAAGGAAUCCUUUACCGAAGAAUGCAGAGAACAUGUAUUACUUCUCAGAGCUUGCUCUAACUCUCAAUGCUUGGGAAGGUGGCACUGCACCCACAGACAGCCGGUUACGACCUGACCAGAGACUGAUGGAAAAUGGACGCUGGGAUGAAGCAAAUGCUGAGAAACAGCGCCUAGAGGAAAAACAAAGACUUUCCAGGAAGAAGAGAGAAGCAGAAGCUAUGAAAGCCACAGAAGAUGGCACACCAUAUGAUCCCUAUAAAGCACUGUGGUUUGAGCGGAAGAAGGACCCUGUUACUAAGGAGUUAACCCAUAUUUAUAGGGGUGAAUACUGGGAGUGUAAAGAAAAGCAGGACUGGGACUCAUGUCCAGACAUUUUCUGAAGUGGCAGUAACAAAGGAAGAGGAUCGACCGAUCAGAGAAGAGGACAGAGGAUGUGCAGGAAAGCAGGGAGUUGUGACUCUUACCAAGUGCUUUCCUCAAGUUUGUCUGUCUUAACCAAUCACUUUUUUCCAAAUCAAUCACCAGAAGCAGACACCAUUGGUGGUGAUUGGCUGGUUGCCUUAGCUGAUUGACAUUGAAAUUGCCGUACUAGAUACCUGUGUUUGUAAGGGAGAGGUUUAGUGGCUGAAAGUUAGUGUUACUCUACAUCUGCAAAGUCAAGUAUUCUUGGCUCUUCUUUCUCCCUGUGUCCCCAUUUAAGAUGAUGUUUGCCCUCCCCGUGGUAUCCUGCUCAGCCAAGAUCUGCGUAAGAUUGUGAUUCACAAGCAUUUUGGUGCUGUUCAGAGCAAGAACUGAUUUUAAAGUUCCUUUAAAAAGAAACACAUAAGACUUAACCAGCAGAGGCGUCAUGCGUGGUUACAGUGGAGCUUGGAUCUAACAUGAAAUGUGUUCACAUGUGGCGUCAAUUUAGUGGGGAGUUCAUGGUUAAAUAUCUAAGGUAUUGGAACAUCUACAAGAGAAAUCAUUCUAUUGGCCUGGAAUAUUCAGUUAUGUUCUUGGAAAAUUUCUAUCUUCACUUGCAUAAAGCACCCAUCUGUUGUUCCGUGUCUUUGACAGCAAGUGGAGGCCAAUUUGGUGGUUGGCAAGAGGGUAACAUUAACCUCAUAAAGAGGUUUUGUGGAUUUGGGUAGAGAACUUCGGAGAAUACAGAGACUUCUGGCCACUUUUACCGUCCCAGUUUCUUCUCACCCCGUCCUUCAUUGCCUUUCUAGUUUCUUCCUCCUGGCACAAUACCAAUUUGGGUUUGUGCCCCAGUCUGGAGCAAAGCAUUGACUGUCCCAUUCUGAUACACUUCAGAAUUUGAGAGAAGUUAAUCUGGAGCAAAAGUUUUCACCAUCCCUCAAGCCCCAUGGACUGGAGCCACCUCUGGAAUAAUGUGUUAAAUAUCUGUAUAUUAUAUAUAUGUAGAGAAAAAUCUAAUUUUUUUUGUUUGAUUUUCCUCCUUCCCAUUAAGAAUCUUGGUUUCUGAUAUCACUUGUCUCCCUGGGACUGUCUUGGACACAUGUUGAUAAGCAUUGGCGCUUCUCUGCUUUCCAUCUUUUAGAGGAAGAUUUGGAACCCAGGCAGCAUCAUGUCUGGCAGUUACUGAACAGGAACUUUGUCUAGGGCUUGUAUUGUGGGGACCCAAUGAUAUCUAAGCUCUGCUGUCCUAAUUACCUGACUCUUGAAAAUGAAAUUCUAAUCUCUUUCCUGCCUCUUUUCUUACUUUGUUAGGAAGAGUGGGUAGAAAGACAAGAGGAUAAUUUCUAGUUUACUUCUGCCUCUGUCCAGCACAGAGGCUAAGUCCCAAAAGAAUUUUCCUAGGAUGUGGUGUUGAAAGCACCAUCACAUGGAGUGGAUAAGAGAACCCCUCCUGUUGGGCCUGGCUUCCUUCUUUGUUUGUUCUGUAUUUGUUUUAGUUGUCUUGUUCAGAAAUCUAACCCCUGUGCAACCUGCCCUUGGUUGAGGAUCACAAAUCGAGGUGCCUUCCUUGUAUGCUUUUUGUUAAGUGUUUUUUGUUUUGUUCCUUAACUGCUGAGCCUCAGCCAGUGUAGGUCUUGGGGGAAAAUAUCAUUCCAGAGGAAGCCAUCCCUCUAGGGAAAUUGGAUUUUACUGGGUAAAUUAGUACUUUCAUUCCCUUUCCCUAUUUGUGAUAAACAUGGGAGAGGAGCAGCUGCUAGGGAAUUUCCUUCUAAGAAUCCUUUUUCUAACAUAAAUAAGCAAGGGGUUGUGCCAGGGCUUCUUUCCUGGAGGUCCAUAAAAGCAAGGACCUCCUCCGGGGCCAUUGGGUAGAGUUAGGAAUUCCCCCACUAAAUUGAACUUCCCCAUUUUAUCUCCCUUUUCUUCCUCUACCCUCUGCACUACAUUUCUGGCUUGAUCUCCAGAUUCCUGCUAAUGGAAGAAGCUUACAAAGUCCUGAAGGUGGAAUAAAGUCACUUCAAAACAAAACAAAACUAUAUAUAUUUUCAGUUUUUUUGCCUUAUUGCUUUUUUUCCAAAAAA